AUGGAAAUGACUGAUUUUGAACUUACCAGCAAUUCGCAAUCGAACCUGGCUAUUCCUACCAACUUCAAAUCGACUCUGCCCCCAAGGAAAAGAGCCAAGACGAAGGAGGAAAAGGAACAGCGAAGAAUCGAGCGAAUCCUGAGAAACAGAAGAGCUGCUCACCAGAGCAGGGAAAAAAAGAGACUGCAUCUGCAGUACCUCGAGAAGAAGUGUUCUCUUUUGGAAAAUCUACUGAAUAGCGUCGAUCUUGAGAAAUUGGCCGGCCACGAGGACGUGUUGAACUGCGGUCGCGACGCCUUUGUUGCCUCCCUUGACGAGUACAGAGACUUUCAGAGCUCAAAAGAUACGUCACUGGACACCAGGGCCAGUUCGCACUCCUCGUCCGACACAUUCACACCUUCACCAUUGAACUGCACACUGGAGCCCGCGACAAUGUCGCCCAAAAGUAUGCGCGAUUCUUCCUCGGACCAGGAGACAUCGUGGGAGCUGCAGAUGUUCAAGACGGAAAAUCUACCAGAAUCCACCACACUGCCUGCCGUGGAAAACAACAAUUUGUUCGACACGGUAGCCUCGCCGUUGGCCGAUCCGCUUUGCGACGAGAUAGCUGAGAAUAGUCUGCCCUUUGAUAAUUCAAUUGAUCUUGACAAUUGGCGUAAUCCAGAAGCGCAGUCAGGUUUGAACUCAUUUGAAUUAAACGAUUUCUUCAUCACUUCGUGA